AUGCCGGACGACGUAACCUUGGGUAAGUUACUUAAAAUGUUUAAAUGGCAGUCGAUCCAAAUCUUGUUCGUAAUUAUCAGAAACAAAGUUUCCCCCCAUCCAGACAAGGGAAAUUUCCUCUGUUGGGGGGAGUACAGAUCUUUUCUGGAAUGACCCAAUUUCUAAUGAGUUGAUCAGAGACAGAUUUUCAUAUUAAUUUAUUUUUUCUUUGGGGGGGGGAUAAAUAUCUGGGGGGGGGGUGCUGCUGCUUGCUUUGGCCAGGGCCUGGUCGGAAAGGCCAAGGAAAAAGUUUAACAAAAUUUGUUUUCUAGGCCUGCAUGGCAAGAUCUGAGACCAUAAUAUUGGUAAUUUUACAAAUUUAGUAGUAAGAGUAAUCAAAUAUGAAACUAUCAAAUCAAAAUAUAAUAUAAUUUGCGGCUGUGCAAAAACUUUUGGGGGCGGUGCCAAAUGCCUCUGGGGGGGGGGGUGCAAAUCAUUUCUUGGGGGGUGCGCACCCCCCAGAAAAUCCGUGCCUGGAGUUGAUUACCACCUGUUGCAUGACAGGGCCACAAAAUAGACGCACAUAAGGUUGAUGCACGCCACGUCAUGAUUCACAAUGAUUCGUCAUCAAAAUUCUGUUGCCAUAUUCCUAGCCAGUUUGGUUAUAAGAGGUAUUCACCCUCUGAACAUUUGCCAUUUGGAAUAUUUUCAUGCGUGAUGAAUGCCUCUCAUAAGUGCACUGGCUAAGACCUUGGCAACAGCAUUGCAGCGGAUACGCCAAAAUAAUAGGCAAAACCAAGACUCAACUUUCUGUAAGGUUCCUAUUCUGUGACAGAGCUUUAUGAACACUACCUAUAGUCACUAUAUAGGUCAGUUAUUGCAAUUAAUAUUAUAUUUCUUAAUAAUUAGGUAGAAGAAACUUCAUAUACAAAUUAAUUCUUCAUCUGUAUUCUGUGAUAUUGUGUGAUAUUCUCUUACUUACUGUAUUUAUUUUAUUACUUCAGGGAGGCAGUUGUUUGAACAGAACAAGUUAAUGGGAACCUUAGAUGAAGCAUUUAUGGGAGGUGUGUUUCACAUAUUGGUGUGGGUUUAAGCAUUUUCCAAAAUGGAAUAACAGGGUCAACUUCUGAUACUGAUAGAAGCAAGAAAAUUAUACAAUAUAACUCAUCAGGUUAUGUUACUAUUUUUAGAUGAUGUCCAGGUAGACGAAUCAUUGUUUCAAGAUAUGGACGAUCUGGAUUUAGACGAGGAGUUUGAUGAAGACUAA